AUGGCAGUUGAGUUUCAAUGGCCAUGGGUUGGUAUUGCGAUACCGUGCGUACUUAUUUCAGUAUUAUCGUAUGGAUCCCAUUGGUUUGUCCUUAGACACCAUAUGGAUAAAGCAGAUCAAAUAAAGUUCCAAGCUUAUGUGAGUGUGAUUUGGAUAACUUAUUUGAUUGCGAUUUGGAAAAAUCCAGGUACUCCUCCUAAGAAUUUCAACCCUAAAGUUGGAGAAUGGAGAAGAUGGUGUAAGAAGUGUGAAAAUUAUAAGCCAGAGAGAACCCAUCAUUGUCGAAGCUGUAAUCAGUGUGUUUUGAAGAUGGACCACCACUGUCCCUGGACUAAUAACUGUGUUGGACAUGAAAACUUCCCCCAUUUUCUCCGCUUUGUUGUUAGUGUAGUUGUCACUACAGGGUGGUUAUUGAUUGAAUUAUUUAAAAGAUUGGUUCAAUAUUAUGAAGAUCGUAACUUGCCAUCUUAUUUAAUUGACAAGAGGGAAAUGUUUGCGGUGAUUUUCUUAUUACCAAUUGAUUUAUUUGUAUUUGCAACAAUUACCAUUUUAUUAGGAAGAUGUAUUAUUAAUUUAAUUUUUAAAGGAAUGACCCAGAUUGAAGUUUGGGAAAAGGAAAGGAUCGAACAACAGUUCUAUAGUGAAAGAAUGUGGGCACAAAUUCGUCAAAAUUACUUUAAAUUGUAUAAAAAACCUUUGCCCGAGUUAACAUCUUGGAAUCAUGAUAGUAGAUACUAUGAUGAAUUGGCCCAAAAGGAAGACGAAUUAGAUGAGUUGGAAGAGACCCAAACGUCGUUUGAAUUACAUGAACACCAGCUUCAACAAGAGGAACAUAACGACAACCAAGAAUCCUUGGUUCCUAAAUCUUUUACAAUGGAUGACAUAGUAUUCCCCUACGACUACGGAUUAUGGUCCAAUCUCAUCCAAGCGUGUGGAUACCCCUGGAUGUGGUUAAUGCCAUUGGGUGGUCCAAGAGGUAAUGGUUACGUUUUCCCUCCAAAUGAAUACGUAGAAGAAGAUCAAUUAGGAUUACCUUGGCCUCCAGAUGGAGGCCACCAAGAAAUCAGCGUGAUAAACAACCAGCCUGAUUUCGAUGAUCUCCUAACCGAUGACCAUACUAUUAGGCCCCAGGAUCUCGGCCCCUUGAGAAGAAGAUUAGAUCCAAGACUUAAUCUCAGCCGUAAGGAAUGGAUGAACGAAAUGGGAGAAACAUUAAAUGAUUUCGGGGUCGAUGUAGAUGCUGAAGCCUACGAUAAAGAAGACAUUAUUCCCACCAAUUAA